CUCUACAUUCAUUCGAUCAUCUCCUUAAUUUCCCUCAACCCAGCCUGAUGAAAAUACGCGCUGCAUACCAUCAAGCUAUGAUGAUGACCGGCAAUGUCGAUCCCACUCAUCCCUUGCCUUUUUCUACUUGUACUACUCAUCUUCAUCUUCAUCCUGAAAACCCUAACAACCAUUCUACUGAUCAUUCCUUAAACAAUACCAUCGAUAUCAACUCUGUUCCUGUCUCUAUUAUUAAAAAACGCUCUAAUGCCUUGGCUUUUGAUCUAAUUGAUCUUCAAGAUAAACCAAACCCUAAGAAGCAUUGUUUCCGAGUUAAAGGCCCUAAUUUGACCUUAAAAUUAUUACUUUCCGAACCACACCCACACCCUUCUGAUGAUGAUCAUGACCAAAACAACAUCAUCAAUCCUGUUCCGGUCUCGAUGAUCAACAACCAUGGUGUUCGCGUAGUCCCACAGAAUCCGCCCAUCAGACGUUCCAGGCCCAAGAAAUUAAAAACGGCCUCUUGUCUUAACCAACAAGAUCGUUGUCAUUCAGAUGAUCAAGUGUUGAAAUUAUUGCAUCAACACAUCGACGCCAAUAAUUUGGAAUUUAAAGAUGUGAGUGAUGCCAAAUUAAUCUUGGAGAAGAAGCUUACAGACAGUGAUCUUAAAGAUGAUCAAGCGCGAUUGGCAAUCCCUAAAUUACAGACUACAGAGUUUCUAACUCCUGAUGAGGAAACCUUUCUUGCGACUAAAAUUGAUGUCAACAAAAACAAGAACAACCACAUCGAUGUGAAGGUGAUCAUGGAAUCUAGUGUGUACGACAUGUGUCUGAGUCGAUGGAAUUACGGUAACAACAAUUCCAAUUGGAAGUAUGUUUUGAAGAAUGAGUGGAAGAAACUGAAGAUGGAUAAGGAUCUCAAUGCAGGGGAUAUCAUUCGAAUUGUGUCUUUUCGAUCGGAAAAGUGUCUGAAUUUUGCAAUAAUAGGUCCUAAACGUGCAAUCAAGUUGCAGGAUGGUAGUUGUUUUAAAUUGUUUGGGACUAUUAUGGAGACUAGCCCAUGGUGGUAGUUAAUUGUUUCUUACCCUAGCUUACAAAGUAAGUUAGCAUAAAUCGAUUGUUGAUGCGUAUCCUUAGGGUUCUGCUAUUUGUCAACUUUACUGUUUAAAAUAUUAAUGAGUAUUAUAAUUUUGUUAAUAAUAUCAUAUACUUGGUACUUGG